AUGACACCAGUUCGCCUGUCUCGUGCUCAAAAUACAAAUUCUGAUACUCUUAAAGUUCGACUUGACCAUUCUUUUAAAAUAACAAAUUUUGAAAGACAUAUUAAUAGCCGCAACUGUAUUCUUAGUGUUGAUAAUCAACCUAGUUUAUAUUUUUUUUUUGAUCAAAACAAGGAUGCACAAGGAGAGCGCGAAGAGGAGUUUCUUGAGCUUUUACCUUGUACUGGUUUAUUUAGUGAUAAUACGGAUAUCUUAAAAAUAAUUGAUAAUGAAGAUGAUCAAAAUCAAGAUUUUGAACAAAUUGAAUUACAAAUAGGAUCUGAAAAUAUUGAAAUUGCUGCAUUUGAUAAUAGUGAAGAAAUUAUAGAUGAAAAUGAAAUAACAAAUUCUUUAACAAAAUUUCCUGAUUUACAAUAUAUCCUUAAUCAAAAACCAAUUUCUCAAAGACAAUUCGAAAAUCUUAAUUAA